UUAUUCAAUUAUAACGAAAUUUAGUGUACUAAAAUGAUUCGAAUACAGUCUAUACAGACACUGUAUUCAUACAUCAAGAUAAUACAUUUGUCGUAUAACUAAAAAAAAACACAAAAGAAGACUUAAAAAGACCAAGACUAGCUACUAGCUUAGCUCCCCCACUAUAUAAAUACUUCAAUCCAAUGACUCUAAACACCUUUCAUCCUCUCAUCUCUCUCUCUCCUUCUUACCAUCUUUCAUCUUUCUCUCUCCAAAACACAUCAAGAGAGAGAGAGCUUCAACUAUAGCUCUCAAAGCUCUCUAUGGCUAUUAGCCAAACCAUGUCAAACCCUAGUGAUUGGCUAUUCCAACAACCCUACCAAAACAACGACUUCUCUCACAUCAACCAAACCCUCCAAACUCCUCCCACCACCACCACCCCCACCGCCGCCGCCUUCUCCGCCGCCGCCGCCGCGAGGGCCAACGGCUCAAGCAGCAGCAACUUGAGCCCGGAGCAAGGCCGCGUGGCCAAGCCCGUGCGGCGGCGGUCGAGGGCCUCGCGGCGGACCCCCACCACCCUGCUCAACACGGACACCGCCAACUUCCGGGCCAUGGUGCAGCACUUCACCGGCGGCCCCGCCGCCGCCGCCUCCUCCUCCGUCUCGUUCGCCGCCAGGCAGCAGCAGAUCGUCCCCGGCCGCGGCCGCGGCGCCGUGAGCUACAUGGAUCAGCAUCAUGCCGCCGCCGCCGCGCCGGGCGGCUUCCACGUGCAGUAUCCGAGCCAGAUGUUUGUGAUGGACAGCGUGCAUGGCGGCGGCGGAGGAGGCGCGCCGCCGCAUGCGGCGGCGGGGAGUGGGAAUAGGAUUAAUUAUGACCAGUUUAUGGUUUGAUCAUUUGUUUGGGUGGGAAAUUUGGAGAUUAUUGGUGCUGACUUUUCAUGUAAAUUCUUUUCUUCUUUUCACACUAGACUACUAUGAAAAGUUAUGAAUCAUGGUAGGUGUAUUAGGGAAUUUUUUUUUUAUUAUAAUUUUUUGGCCUUUUUUUGGGGGUUUUUGGGGGUAUCGUUUUGUUUAAUCAAAAUGUAGCAUUCCUUAUUGGACCUUUUUGGAUCCUUUUGUUAUGAAAAGAAUCUUGUAUGUUGUACUAUAUAUGAAAUAAUUAAUUGCAUUGUAUUUA